AACAUUUGUAGCGCUAGACGGCAAAAAGUGGGCAAAAAAUCGAUCCUUUCGAUGCUCGUCGGAAAAAGUGUGGAUUUUACGUUGAAAUUUGUGUUUUAAAUUUGAGAAAUUACGCGGAUCGUACAGGUGACAUGUGCUAGAUUGGAAUUCUGCUAAGCUUGAAAAACGUCAAAACACCCACGAUGAACCUCUUCCACUACCUAAACUCGGUGCAGCGCGUCUGGAACGCCGGCGAGGGGGUGGCCGUGGCACGGCUCCUCUCCCUGGCGGACCACCACGUGAACAAUCCGUCGCUGCACGUGCACGAGCACCCGGAGACGGCCGUGUACCGGCAGCUGGAUGCGCCGCUGGACGAGGUGGUCGCGUGCCACCUGAAAGUGCUGCACCACUUGACGGCGGAACCGCGGAAUUACGCGGAAGCUUACCGGCAGCAGACGAACUGCAUCCAGGCCGUGGUCAAGAUGCUGCAGGUGCUGAAGGACGAAAACUGGUUCCUGCCGGUGAUGUACACGGUGGCGAUUGACCUGCGCCGGCUGGCGGCCAAGUGCGAGGAGCAGAUCAAGACGUCCAAGCCGGGGGAGAUUCUGGAGAAGGCGGCGGAGUGUUUGAUGGGGUGUUUUCGGGUUUGUGCGGCGGACAACCGGGCCUCGGACGCGGACACGAAGCGGCUGGGGAUGUUGAACCUGGUGAACCAGCUGUUCAAGGUGUACUUCCGGAUAAACAAGCUGAACCUGUGCAAGCCGUUGAUCCGGGCCAUCGAAUCGUCCAACUUUAAGGAAUCGUUCAGCCUGGCGCAGCGGAUCACGUACAAGUACUUUGCGGGGAGGAAGGCCAUGUUCGACUCGGACUAUCGGAACGCGGAUGAGUAUCUGAGCUUCGCUUUUGAGAAUUGUCCGCGGCGGUUCGCCCGGAACAAACGGCUCAUCCUGAUCUACCUGGUUCCGGUUAAGAUGCUGCUCGGGUACAUGCCCCGGAAGGAGGUGCUCCAGCGGUACAACGUGCUGCAGUUUCACGACCUGACCGUGGCCCUUAAAGAGGGCAACGUGCGCCGGUUCGACGAGGUCAUCCAGCAGCACGAGUCGUUCUUCAUCAACGCCGGAAUCUACCUAAUCGUGGAAAAGCUCAAGAUUCUCGCCUACCGGAACCUGUUCAAGAAGGUCUACCUGAUUCUCCAGACGCACCAGAUUGACCUGAACGCGUUCCUGACGGCGCUGCAGUGGACCUCCGGCGAGGAGGAUCUCACGAUGGACGAAACGCACUGCAUCGUGGCGAACCUGAUCUACGAGGGCCGCAUCAAGGGGUACAUCAGCCACCAGCACAACAAGCUGGUUGUGUCCAAGCAGAAUCCGUUCCCGAACGUCAUCGUCAGUUAGGGUGGGGUUUUGAUUAAUAAACGAUUUUUGUCUGGUGAAA